GGAGUAGGGGCCAUUUGUAAUGGUCUCGUUUUGGUUUUUGAGCUCCAACAGUGGAUUCAAUGGUCAUUAAUUAAACAAAUUAAGUAACCAGGUGGGAUUCACGUAGGUGCUAAUUUACCACCUCAAUAUUGGCUUACGUAUAACUUAGUGACUGAAAGCGAGUGUCGUUACGCACAAUAUGACUGUUCAAGCAGCUUAUGGUGUCUUAUUGAUCUUUCAUUUGAUAAUGUACCACUUUGAGGUUGUGAUGGUUAUCGAUAACUCACAAUACCUUAAGAACACACCGUCUAGCAUCCAGAUCUGAUUGAUGCGACACGCUCGCUUAACAAAAACUCCCGUUUUCCCGAGAUCAUUUCGGUAUCCGAUGGCGGUUCAACCAAGGUCAUUACCUAACUUGCAGGCUUGUGUUUCAGCGAGUAACCCAGGCUGUGACAUGUAUAGCGUGUAAUGCUGAGUUGCAGGGUGAAAUACAUUUGAAAAUGUCUGCAAAUGUGUGUCAGACCAAUCUUUUAUUUGGAUGAAUUAUAAAUUUACAAUGUCCAUGAGUCGUCACAUGAAGCCUCGAGUGUAAUUUGGUUUUUCUUCUCCACGGUCCUGUGAUCCAGGAGUUCUUGCCGUCCUGUGAAGGAUUCUUUCCUCUUAGCUGUCAGGUGUAAGGAGGAGAGGAAGCGAAGAUGCCGAAACCGAUCAACGUCCGUGUGACCACCAUGGAUGCAGAGCUGGAGUUUGCCAUCCAGCCCAACACAACAGGAAAGCAGCUCUUUGACCAGGUGGUGAAGACGGUGGGACUGCGGGAGGUCUGGUUCUUCGGCCUCCAGUAUGUGGACAGUAAAGGUUACAGUACUUGGCUCAAACUCAAUAAGAAGGUGACUCAGCAGGAUGUGAAGAAGGAGAACCCGCUGCAGUUCAAGUUCAGGGCCAAGUUCUUCCCUGAGGAUGUCUCUGAGGAACUCAUUCAGGAGAUCACCCAGAGACUCUUAUUCCUGCAGGUGAAGGAGGCCAUCUUGAACGAUGAGAACUACUGUCCCCCGGAGACGGCGGUGCUGCUGGCGUCGUACUCGGUCCAGGCCAAGUAUGGCGACUACAACAAAGAUGCCCACAAGCCCGGGUACCUCACCCACGACAGGCUGCUGCCUCAGAGAGUUCUGGAGCAGCACAAGCUGACCAAGGAGCAGUGGGAGGACCGGAUCCAGACCUGGCACGAAGAACACCGAGGAAUGCUCCGAGAGGACUCCAUGAUGGAAUAUCUUAAAAUUGCCCAGGACUUGGAGAUGUACGGCGUCAACUACUUUGAGAUCAAAAACAAGAAGGGCACACAGCUGUGGCUGGGCGUGGACGCCCUUGGCCUCAACAUCUACGAGCACGAAGACAAGUUGACGCCAAAGAUCGGCUUCCCCUGGAGUGAGAUUCGAAACAUCUCUUUCAACGACAAAAAGUUUGUCAUCAAGCCUAUCGACAAGAAGGCGCCUGACUUUGUGUUCUACGCCCCUCGGCUGCGCAUCAACAAGCGCAUCUUGGCGUUGUGUAUGGGUAACCACGAGUUGUACAUGAGGAGGAGGAAGCCCGACACCAUCGAGGUGCAGCAGAUGAAGGCUCAGGCCCGGGAGGAGAAGCACCACAAACAGAUGGAGAGGGCUCAGCUGGAGAAUGAGAAGAAGAAGCGAGAGCACGCAGAGAAAGAGAAGGAGAGGAUAGAGCACGAGAAGGACGAGCUCAUGGAGCAGCUGACGCAGAUCGAAGAGCAGACGAUGAGGGCUCAGAAAGAGCUGGAGGAACAGACCCGCCGGGCCCUGGGCCUGGAGCAAGAGAGGAGGAGAGCGAGGGAGGAGGCCGAGAGGCUGGAGAGAGAUCGCCAGUCGGCCGAGGAGGCCAAGGCGGAGCUGGCCAGACAGGCUGCCGACCAGCAGAAGACCCAGGAACAACUGGCUGCCGAGCUGGCCGAGUUCACAGCCAAGAUCGCUCUGCUGGAAGAAGCCAAGAGGAAGAAGGACGACGAGGCCACCGAGUGGCAGUACAGGGCCCUGUCGGCCCAGGAGGACCUGGAGAAGACCAAGGAGGAGCUGAAGACCGCCAUGACCGUGGUGUCCGCGCCGCCGGCCGGCAACGUUGAGAACGAGCACGACGACCACGACGAGCAGGAUGAGAACCAUACGGAGGCCAGCGCAGAGCUCUCCUACGAGGGCGUGAGCCAGCUGGACCUCCGCAGUGAAGAGGCGCGCGUCACUGAAGCCCAGAAGAACGAGCGGGUGAAGAAACAGCUGCAGACGUUGAGCUCGGAGUUGGCCGAUGCCAGAGACGAAACCAAGAAGACGCAGAACGACGUGCUGCACGCGGAGAACGUGAAGGCCGGCCGAGACAAAUACAAGACGCUGCGCCAGAUCCGAUCGGGCAACACGAAGCAGCGCAUCGAUGAGUUUGAGUCCAUGUGAGCCCCCCUCAGCUGCUGCUCGGUUUUCACGGACAACAGUUGCUGCCGUCCUCGUAGUCCUACCGAGCCCCCCCCCCCUGCCCCCUCCCCCAACACCCCGAGGCAAUCUUGAGAAAUCAUCUUGUCAAACUUUGCCAAAGUCCCCCCCCCCCCCCCCCACGUCUCCACUCUGCGGAUGUGUCCUUCACAUGGAGCUGCCUGGAUGCCACUCUGCAGAGGUCUGUAGUCCUAAAGCACGGGGGAAAGAAACUGUUCAACCACAACGUGAGCAAUUGGACUUUUGCUUUGCUAUUUUCAGCAAAUAUGGCCAUAGAAAGCUACUUUUUUUUUCUUUCUUUUUUUGCUUUGCUUGACAAUUUGUAUGCAAAGGUUCAGAAUGAUUCUGUCUCCAGUUAAAUAUUACCCGCCUCCUUGUUUUUACUUCCCUCUGCUUUAGUUUGACUCAUUUUUAUGUCUUAUGCCCUUUUUAGUUGUCCGUUGAACACAUUAAGCUCCAACAUAAUAUAGAUAUAUAGAUAAUAUUAUAUAAAAGCCUGGAGUUUGGGAAUAAAUAAGGUCACUGCUUCCAUUCAGCGUCCAGGCACUGCUUAUGUCAAAACAUCUCACAGGCCAGUCUGAUUCUCUGAGCAUGUGAGUCAGCGGAGGUCUUUUCACUCAUCAAUUCAAACUGUUUAUUUGAAUGUUACAUUUAUUAAGUUUAUGUGAAAAGGACAAUGCAGUAUUUAAAACAGUUUAAUUGGCUUGAUAUCGAGAAGAGCAGUCAGUGAAUUGACCCUGGCGGCAGGUUUCGAUGAAGGAAUGUAGCAACGGUCACAAAGGGAACGUGUCUUCACGUGCAGAGCGAUCGGACCGCAUGAGCCACCGAGCUGUGGCCCCGAGUUUAAAAGUGUUAUAAAGAUAAGCUAAUUGGUAGGCGUGUGUGUGCGUGUACCAGUUGCGUCCCCGUGUUUCAUUCCCAGUCACCGCAGAUGGUUUUCUGCCUCCCAACACACGGAUAGACGGAGGAACAGAGAGGGAGGGGUGGCGUGUGCCAGCUGUUGGUCUCUGUCCAGCUGUUUGAGUGCAUCUGCAUAUCCAGAUGUGUCCAGGUGUGGAAGCUGAGCCCCUCUCUGGCUGGGUGAGCUGAUGACAACAUCAGUCCUCUGUCACACCUCUCCCUCAGUAAUGUGAGCUGUGGUGACUGGCAGUCAAACACUCGGGUGCCCCCCCCCCCCCCCUUCCAAAAAACAAAACAGAGGGGGAUGAAGGUCACGUUUCACCGGGUUGCCGUUGCGUGCUCCUGGAAGCAAGUCGGUUGUGUUCAGGAUUUAAGGGUCUAUGUAAAAAAAAUAAUGAAAAGAGCCUUGCUCAGAUGUUUUGGUUCCUUCUCUUUGCGUCCCGAGCGACGAGAGGCGUCUCAGAAGAAGCUCGGGCCUCGUGUGACGGUUCGGUUCCACGGCGGUGGUGGUCUACGGAGGUCAACGGAGGUCUACGGAGGUCUGCCCCCCUGAGUGGUUUAAGAGGCUCUCCUCCUGCCUGCAGAGAGUUUGUGGGACGGAGAGACGUGUGAUACGUAAGAGAAGCGUUGUGUUCUCUCUGUUGGGGUUUCUGCAAAUCUCUCCCGAGUCAAACGGAGGGUCGGCCAAUCUCUCCCCCUCGACUCGUAUGAUGAAUUCUCGUCUUUUGAGCUCCGACAACAAACUGACUCCAUCUUUUGUGGGGUGGAGAAUAUGUUCCAGGGUGCUUUUUUUUUUUCUGAGUGAACAUAAAAGUUGUCCUCUUUUUUUUAAAUAUUAUUAUUUACAAAUGGAUGAAACGUAUUAUGGUAUUUGUUACGCUAUACUUGACAGCUGGUGUAGGUUGAUUUUUUUUUAAUAGCCCGAGUUUUAAAGUCAAAGCACUUGUAUUAAAACUUCUUGUGGACAUCAGACACGGGUCUGACGUCUGGCACCAGCUGUCAUGUUUUGUGUUGUUUCCCCCCCUAUGUUCAUGUUGGUAUUCUUUAAGAUAGAAAGCACAGGUGGAUUGCAGUCCAUUUCAUUGGCUCUCAAAUAAAAGUUUAAAAUUUUGA